AUGGCAGAAGAGCAUGGCAGCGCAGAAAGAGAAUGGCAGAUGGAAGUAGCUAACAUGAUCAGAAAGCAGAGAGAGUCCACUGAACAGGUCUUUGAAGAAACUGGUUUUGAUAUCAAAGACUAUAUUUGUAAGGAUGAUUACAUUGAACUUCGGAUCAAUGACCAACUUGCUCGUUUGUACAUCAUUCCAGGAAUUCCAAAAGACACUAAAUUUAACCCAAAAACCAGAAGAGAAAUUCGGAAUAUUGAGUGGUUCUCCAUUGAGAAAUUGCCCUGUCAUAGAAAUGAUAUGACGCCCAAAUCCAAACUUGGCUUGGCACCUAACAAAUUUUUUAUGGCCAUUCCCUUUAUCAGACCAUUAAGGGACUGGCUUUCUCGAAGAUUUGGGGAUUCCUCAGAUAGUGAUAAUGGAUUUUCCUCUGCUGGUAGCACACCCGCUAAACCCACUGUGGAAAAAUUGAGUCGAACCAAAUUCCGCCACAGUCAGCAGUUGUUUCCUGAAGGUUUUCCUGGCGACCAGUGGGUAAAACACAGACAGCCACUGCAGCAAAAGCCAUACAAUAGCCAUUCUGAAAUGUCUGACCUUUUAAAAGCAAAGAAUCAGAGUAUGAGGGGAAAUGGCAGAAAACAGUAUCAAGAUUCACCUAAUCAGAAGAAAAGAACAAACGGUGUCCAUAGCCAGCCACCAAAGCAGCAGAAUCCCUUGAUGAAAUGUGAAAAGAAACUGCAUCCACGAAAACUUCAGGAUAACUUUGAAACAGGCAAGUUGUUUUCUGUUUUUUUCAAGAAUCUGUCUUGUGGAGUUUGGUUUGUUUGCCUGAUUUUUUAAGGUUAUAUAAUGAACUGAUAGUUAAAACAGGAAGAAUUGCAUAUAUUCUUUAGAGAGUUCCUAUAUGUGGAGUUCUCUAUAAACUGUCUAAAAUGAAUUAAUUUAAAUGAUCAAGAUGAAAUUAUUUGCCCUUUAUACUAUUUCUUUUGUGAAUGUGAAGUCUCUGCUAUGCCUGAGUAUGUGAAAAAUUACUUAUGUAUUAAUGGGAGAAUAGAAAGGGCCAAGUUAUUGUAAAGGUACAGAAACCUCAUUGUCACAUGUACAUAAAAACACUAAGUUCACAAUCGAAUAUAUUCUCCCUUUUUUGAAGGUAUUGAGGAUCUUUUUAAGGUGGUUCCAUGGAUAGAACUGUCACUUAGAAGUGCAGUGUGCUGUUUUUGAAGUGUUUGAAAUUUGCUGUGCUAUGCAUUUAUUCAUCUUAAUUUAAGGCUUUCUUAGAAAAGUUAAGAAAUCAAAAAUAUUCUUUAUCUUAUUUUUAUGUUAAUGUCUAUAAUUUUAGCAAGAUAAAAAAGCUACUAUUAUGGAAAGUUAAGGUUAACUAUGAAGUAGGAUUUAUCAUCACAUUUUAGUUUGAUGUAGUCUCCUUUAUUUUUGCUUUUGGUGUCCUAUCCAAAAAGUUAAGCUUUUUUUCUGUGUUUCCUUCUAGAAGUGCCACAGUUUACGGUUUUUACAUUUAAGUCUUUAAUCUAUUUCAAGUUCAUUUUUAUGUAUGGCAUAAUAGUUGUGUAUGAAUAUAUUAAACUUUGGGUUGUCUUGAGAAAGAAGUAUAAAAGGAUUCUUGUUUUGAGAAUCCUGAUAUUCAGACCUCUUGCCUCAGCUUCUUAAUGUCCUUUCCAGACCUGAUUUCCUGGUUAGGUCCCUGCUAUAUUUAAAAAAGGAACAGAACCAAAUAACAGCAAAACCAGAUAAAUUGCAGUUUUGUUAUACUCUGAUUUUGGGAAAAAAUUUUUUUCAUUCUGUAUAUUAAAGACUGAGGAGUAACUACUUCUUUUUUUUUUUAGUUGUAGAUGGACACAAUACUUUUAUUUAUUUAUAUGUGGUGCUAAGGAUCGAACCCAGGGCCUCACACAUGCGAGGCAAGCGCUGUACCACUGAGCCCAGCCCUAGCCCCUUGAGUAACUUAUUUUCCUGUAAUUGUAAUCUUUACAAUUUUUCCAUUUUAACUGAUUUUCACAUUGCUUCCAUUUUGAGCUCUUUGGAGAAGCUCUUGAUAUUUUUGCACAGAAUGCAAAUGAAUAUAAUAGGUAAAAUUGUGUCCAUUUUAAAAACAAGGAAAUGUUGAAGGAUUUUGAGUAUUUAUGUAGAAAUAAUCAAUAAUUAGAAAUUCAGUUGACGAAAAGGAAAUAUUUUGGUGGUUCUGCUUAGGUUAGAGUGUGGAAAGAUAAACAUUCUGCAUGAAUUUCUUUGUAACAAAGGUAAAGGGUCAUGUUUUCUUACUGAGUUACUGAGAUUAUUUAUUUUGUUUCCUAAGCAGAUGCUGUAUAUGACCUGCCUUGUUCCAGUGAAGACCAGUUACUAGAACAUGUUGAGGGACAGUCUGUGGCAUGUAAUGGACAUUGCAAGUUCCCCUUUUCAUCCAGAACUUUUUUGAGUUUCAAGUUUGACCAUAAUGCUAUAAUGAAAAUCUUGGACCUUUGAUAGCAACAGAUGUAUUAUAGAAGUCCCAAGAUCAGAGACCUGUUGUAUUUGAGCGGGUGUCUCCUCAAGCCUUACCUUUCUCAGGUGUUUUAAAGAAAUGCAGGGAGGCAGUGUUUCUGAAAGGAUUUUCUGUGCAGAAGAGUAGAAAGAAGCAUGAGUUUGCACUGUAAAUGCAGUUAUAAUCUUUUAAACAGUUUUACCUUUUCAGUGUUUGAAACAAGUGUAAUUUUUUUUUGGAGGGCAUUUUUUUUUUUUUCUGUGUGACUGGGUCUUAUUUUCUCUGGUCAAGAAAAUAGUGUUUGAGAAAUCAAUUAGCCAAGGUAAUGGGAAUACUUCAUCUACCCAUUACAGUGAUUGCAAUAAUCGUUUACUUGUAUUGAAAUUUUUAAAAAGAAACUUAAAAUAUCCAAUUAUUAAAUGAACAUAAAAGCUGAAAUGUCUCAGAUGUUGAGAUUGCAAGCCAUCUGUCUUGGUGGCAUUUUAUUUCUCUGCUUCUGACCACUGAAGCUAAUUCUCCUUUGCUUAGAGUUUUGUUGAAAGGAGUUAUUCAGAGCCAACAUCUUUAAUAUAAUAUUCAUGUGCAAAAUGAACUCAUAGCACUUCAUAAGGAUAAAAUUGGCAGCUUGGAGGAGGGAUUCAGUUGAUGGGGAGUUGAUGCUGUAAUUUUGAGUUAUGCUGGGUACAUUCAAUAAACCUAUGAGUGCUGGAGCAGAAAGCCAAGGAGGCAAGGGCCCAGUAAGUAUUUGGGAUUAUGUUUUUACCAUCCUGCCUCCAACCCUUUACCAUUGUAUAAUGAUUUUGUUCGUGUGAAAAUUUCUGAUAUAUUCCAGUUGUGUAAAUAUGUAUGGAAAAAUUGACAUUAGUUUUACAUUGCAUAUCUGUGUGAUCUAUGGAAAUUGAUGUUAUAUUAGGUUCCAAUUUUCAGUAGAACAAAGUGAAAUGCUUUUAUUGGCAUGCUGAAACCCCUGAAUGAUGGGCAUCAGAAGCAGAAGGGGUGUCCAGUUUACCAAGAACAAAUAAAGCAUUUCACUAGGGCAAGAUCAGAACAUGAAAGUAACAUACAUAACUCACUCCUAGGAAUGUAUUUUGCUCCUUUCGGAUUCUUAAAUCCAAAUAAGGAUGGCAAUAGCCAUUUUGAGAAGAAUUUUCAGCUAUAACUGAGGACAAUCACCUGAGCUUUAAGUAGGAGAUACAUUUUGGCUGCAUCUGACCUCAUUGAAGAUAAUUCUUGGGGGUGGGGGUGAGGGACAGUUUGAGUCUAUGCGUGUAUGUCUGUCAUAUGGGUUUUGAUCUUUUUGUUUGUUUUACAAGUGGUAUCCACAAAAUAUUUUCUGCUUAUAAAUGUUACUGUAGAAAUCUUUAUUCUGUAUAGGUAGCCUAUUUAAUUAGAGGUUCUGCUUAACCUGUAGAACUUUUAAAGGGGGGGCUAUUGUAAGGAUUCACUUUGUAUUAUUACUUGGCUUUAGAUUUUAAGUGACUUGAUUUUAAAGGAGAAAUUCUAUUUAUUAAUGAAAGUGUCACACUCGGUGCUAAGCAGGAGAAUUCAUGUUGCUAGCAGUGUUUUGAGAAUUAGGUUAUCCACAAUCCUGCAUCUUUUAAUGUGACUAAUUUGUGAAUCCUUAUGUGACCUUUGCUUUUUAAUGCAUUAUAUGAUUGCAUUUGGAAGCUUUUACUAUUCUUUUCAGAAAUACAGCUGCUUUGCUCGGGUCUCCUUGAGCCAUGUUUAUAGUUGGUCCAAGCAUUCCAGAUUUCUGUUAAAUCAUUAAGGAAGUGAAAACAGUUUUCCUGGCAGAUGAAUCAUUUUUCACUUGUUUACUGUCAUCUGGAAACCAUUUAAUUUUUAGUGUUUGUGUGUGUGUGUGUGUGUGUGUAUCUUUUUUUUUUUUUCUUUUUAAAUGAGUGCUUGAUCAGUCCUUCUGGUGCCUAUAGGUUUAGACUUUAGCUCUCAAUACUAAAGCAUAAGAGAUCAGAGUUAUCAGAAGUAUGGAUUCUGUGGUUGAGUAUUUUCAAGAACUAACAAAUUUUCUUUAAUUACAAUAGUUAUUGCUGUUGUGCUGCUUCAUUUAAUGCACUGUGGAACAAACUUAAGGGAAUGGUUGGUAUGUGAUUAUGAUAACUUAGGCUCUCUUGACAGUAUGAGGUUAACAUGUUAAAUGAUGAGUUAAAUUUUACGUAUAUGAUGUGACUUAACUAUGCAGAAAAUAUUUAAGUUGGAUGUACCUGUUUGUUGUACUUAUUCCCUCUCAUUGUUCAGGUUACCUUGAGACAGGCCAUGCUUAGCACAGGACUAGAUUUUCUCCUUUUGGGAUACUUAAGUAUGAUUUGAAGAAAUCAGAUGAUAAAGUAGUAUGCUGAAUAUGCAAUAAUUUCCUUCUAUUGAGUGCUGCAUUUUAAGAAGCUAAAUGAGAAGAGUAGCUAUGUUGGCUUCACUAUGUUUCAUGUAUUUGAAAGAUAAAUAGGUCUUUGAAUUCACUUUUUAAAUGUUCCAACCACAUGUUCCAGGGUGCAGUGCACUGUGAAUCUUUCAUUUUUUUAAAUGUUGUGGGUGCUUUUAUGUGUAACUUCAAUGAUUUAUAGUUCAGAUUAAUAAUGUUAAUACAUGUUAAAUUAAUUGUUUUUAUACUUAGUCAUUGUAAUCCAAAAGAUAAGGGUAUGGUUUACAUGUUUUUCACAAGUUUUUAUUAAGAAAUAGCAAACAAAUGGUUUUAGGAUUUCAAAUAGGCAUGCCCUCUGGAGACAUGAACAUUUGGAGAAGUCUGAGAAUCUAAUAGUUCUGUUAGCAUGGGUGGAAUUUGAUUAAAAUUAAGCUUGUUUGAAUUAGUACAUAAAGGAUAAAGUCUCCCAGUGCUAUCAGAGACAUUGUAGUAAUUGCUUGCUUUUUUGAGCUUUGAAUAUCAUUAUUUUUGUAAUAUGUAUCCAUUAGUAAAUACAGAUAAUGAAGAUAUAUAGUAGAAUUAAUUUUAUGCUAUAAGAUUAGGUUGUACUCUUUCUUUUUGAAGGCUUUAAUAAUUUGUUUGUAAUGUCGAAAACUCCAUACUAAGUGAAUGACAUUCAUCCACUAUAGGAAUUAAAUUCCUUUCUACUACUCAACAUAUUGUGUUCUCUAGAAAAGUUAAGAUCUGUGUGCAUGUGUGCACUAAAAUCAUUUCAUUUCCUAUUCCCUCACUUAUAUAGUCUUUCUUAGGUUUCCUUUUUUUUUUUAACCCCCAACAUUUAGUUAACUUAGUAAGUAGAGCAAAAUCAAUUAUAAAAAAUUAGACUUAUUGCCAAGUUGUUCUUACUAUGUUACUUCUAUUUACUUUUUAUUUUUGUACUGGUGGACCUUUCUGCUCAGAGAUUGUUUUGAUUAACAUUUAUUGUGUCUCUGUAUUCUCUGAGGCAGUAUUUUCUUCGUAUAUGAAUCUUAGCUAUUCAUUAACACUUCCUCAUGAUCUUGACUUUUUUCUAGCCUGGGGGAAGGGGUUCAUAUGUAUUGUAACUUUAAAUUGAUGAUAAACAAGAUAACCAUUGUUUUGUUUGAAGGUAUUUUUAACCUUUAUGUACCUGUCUUAAUGAAACAACAGUUUUGUUAACCUUAGUUGCUCAUUUCUUCCGUCCUAAAACUUUAAAGUGCAUUUGUAUAGUUGCCAAAAAUCCUAAAAAUGAGCUUAAGAUGGGCCUUCUCAGCAUCUUUUUUCUUCUUAGAAUUGAAUUACUCUUAAAAUCUAUCUGCCUGUCAGAAGGUGGCAGAUUGCAAAUGGGCAGUACAAGCUUUGUCCUGUGCUUUCAAAGUAGAAUUCUGGAUUGCACAUUCUAAAAUUGAUGAUAGAUUAGUAUUAUAGAACAAAAGUGCCCUGAAAAGAAAAGAGAACUAUAGUUGCUGGGCAGAGUGUAAGGAGGACAUUGUAGAAGAUAUAUCAAUCCUUGAGUACUAUAUGAUGCAUCAAGCCUAAGCAUAGUCUGAUAUAUAUACACACUAUAUAUAUAUAUAUAUAUAUAUAUAUGGCCAUUGCCAAGCAUUUUCUAACCCCGAAUAAACUUAUUUUUUCCUUAGUAUGAUUGCCAAGCAAUCCAGUGAAUCUAAAGGAAUUUUUCUCACUUUAAAGACCAGAGUUUGGGAGUCUGGUCCUUUCUGUGCUGUAUCAUUGCAGAACUCCAGCCACUCUGAAGUGCACUGCUCUCUUAUAGGAAAGGGAGGUAACCCAGAGUGCAUACAGCUAUAGUCAGCUGUAUGUGGCAGCUAUACAUUUGUCCUGAAUGCUUAUUCAUUUCUUAUCAACUAGUUUCCUUGUGGCAAAUAGCAUUUAUUAUUGAAAUAGUCCUUAAGUAGUGAAAAUAAUGAAGUUAAUUCCCUUAAAUGGGAGUAAAGUAUUGACUUUUACCAGCAGAAUUAUUCAGACUUUAGCAUGAAGUACAAAGAAGUGUACAAAAAACAACUGUGAUAAAUGUAAACGUUUUGUCUUGAAAAAGUAUUCAUAAUGGAAUUUCUCAUCUGGGUCCCAGAUUAAUGAAAUCACCAGUCAAGAGAUUACAUUUACCUUGGGUCUUCUGUAAUUAGCAGAGGGGAUGAUCUGUAUAUAUUAGUAGCUUGAAAGCACAAUCUAAAAGAAAUUAACCUUCAUAAGGUGUCUGCAUUAUCUGAGUAGUGUUGGUCAAGGGAACUCUGGGGAUAGAGAUUGAAUGCAGAAAUGCAAGUGUGUAUGAUUUUUGUCUCCUCCUCAUACUUUAGUCCUUUACGUCAGGAAAACAGUAAGGCCCUGAAUAUAUGUUUGUUGCAGGUAGAUGUGUAUUUUUCCUUAUUGGCUGGUCUGCUGAGUGCCAUUUAAAAAAAAAAAAAAAUUGUUUCUAAUACUUGGUGUGGCUGGCCAGGAAGUCAUUGAGGUCCACACACACACACACACACCCACACACCCACACCCACACCCACACCCCCCUUCCCCAUUUUUUCCUGGUGACUUUUCCCUUCAUCUUUUUCUUUGUGCUAUUUCCCUUUUGGCCACUGUGAGAACUUGCAAGUAGUGAUUACAUUUUGCCUUCUGAAGAUGACUUCACUUUGACACUUGGGCCACAAGCAGAUAAAAGUCUGUGAACACUUGUGCUCUUUUGAGUCUCAAUGCAUGUAGUUGACAUAUUAUUGGUUUGAGAGUAGAAAACUGUGGUUCCAAGGUGAAAUGGGCAGUAUUUGCUGAUUCUCAGUCUUCAAGAGGUCCUAGGUAACAUUCUUAGGAUAGUAGACUUUUUGAGGUAAAGUGUAACAUUUUAAUUUAAUCUACUUCGAAUGAAUUGAAUCUAAGGUUCUAAAACAAUCUAACAGCUACAAACUAGUGAAAGACUUGGGGCACAAUUCUACAUUCUUCAUUAUUUCUCAAGCUUUAAGAAAUUAGCGUAUGCUUUUAUGAUAUUUAGGAAUAAACUAUGGGUGGCAGAAAAUGAAAACAAAUUAAGGUUCUCUACUGUGAAUGAAAUUUAGCAAUGUAAUAUCUUUUCCUUAGUAGUUUGGUUGAUUAGAUGUGUUAAUACUUUUGGAACAUAUGAGUAGCAGUGGACUUGCACUCUUCAUGCACUGAUAGAAAAGCACAAGACAUAUCUGCAAGAAUUUCUUUGUGCAUUUCACUACUGUCCUAUGGCACUGCUGUCUCUGUGGUCCAUUUUAGGUUUAUGUUUGGAUGUCGCACAAGUAACUAUUAAUGUCAAAUGCAAGUGUCCAAAGAAAUGAGCCUUUAAUUUUACUUUUUGUUUGAAUUUAGGACAGGAGACGGCUAACCUGACUUAUACUUUAAAUAGUACCAUCUUUCUCUUUAGUAACAAUUAGGAAAGGACAAUAAAAUCACAAACAAUUUUGGUUUAUAUAUUUUCUCUCUUAAAAUUAUUUUUGAAGUUUAUUAGCUUAAAAUCUUUUUAAAAAUCAUCUCUGAUAGGCAUUGACUCAUCCUUGUUCUGUGAAUGAUUCAGAUUUAAUUUUAUCUCUUGGCUUUAAUGAAACUUUAAAACAAUCAUUUCAGAACGAUUAAUCAGAUGGAAUAAUGUUCAUGUAUUAGCUAGCUUAAGUGAAAUGUCGUAAGACUGUCUUUCAUCUAACCAAAAUAAGGUGUAUGGUUUCAUUUGGGUGAGAAAGGGAAUGAGAAUUGCUUUUUUAAAAAAUACAUACAUACUGUGCCUGUUUCUAAAACAAGAUUUGAAGUGGCUUUUUACAUUAUGCUGUGAAGACUAGGUAAUGUUCAAGGAAGAUAUAUAGUCUUAACACAUUUUCCUUGAGACUAAGUUUUAGUCUGAAAAAGGGAAAGAUAUUUAUGCUGUGUCAUGUUAAGCAAAAUAUUUGGAACCUACAAAAGCUGGUAGACAUGGGGCUGGGGCUCAGAGGGAGAGCGCUCGCCUAGCAUGCGUGAGGCACUGGGUUCUAUCCUCAGCACCACAUAAAGUAAAAUAAAGACAUGUGUCCACUAUAACUAAAAAGUAAAUACUUUUUAAAAAGCUGGUAGAUAAAAAUUUGAAAUGGUUUCAUUAAAAACAUGGUAUUCAGUGAGAACUGGACUUUAGGGUAAAUGUGCUAACUAAAUAGAUUUGUAAACUAUUUCUUCAGUAAUCAUUAUUGUCAUGCAAAAUGAUCUAACAUUUAAUUUUCGCUUAAAUUAUAGCACUGUUGUAUUACUUACCUUAUAGGACAUUUUAAUGCUUGGAGAAUGACUGUAAGUAUAUACCCUUCAAGUGAUUCUGUCUAUAGUAGUGAUAAAGUUCUUACUGCUUUUUGAUUAAUUGUGAAAACAUUUAGGGAGAACUAAAAAGGAACCCAAAGUACCAGUGGGGUUUAUCUUGGAGUUUAAAGAAUUUGAAACAUUUAGAGCAGAUUUUUUGUUUCUGGAUUUAUUUUACUCUGAGGUUCAACAAUAGCUUUGUUUUUUCCUUCAGUGUUAAUGAAAGGAAAAGGACUGAAUUUCACUUGUUGGAUAUAACUGUCAUAAAUAAAAGAUUUCUGAGACUCAUGUUUGUGAGUUGGAGUUUAUUUGCAGAAGCUUUGUACUUCCAAAGAUGUGUUUGUUUUCUGUACCUUCCACUGAGAAAAUGAAUUGAUGACUUAAUAGUUAUUAUGCUCUAAUUUUUGAAAGUAUUUUGAUGUAAAUAGCACCAAUUUAGAAAUUGAAAACCUAACUAUAAAAACCAAUAAUGAAGGUUACUCAUAUACUGGCUUUCUGUAAAACAUUAGGCUAUUUGUAAAACAAUACCAAUAAAAUUGACUGUUUGAGCAGUUUUAGUUACUACCUUGUUUCUGCUGUUAAUUGUUACUGCAGGUUCUGAGUUUUCAUUUGGGACCAAUGAAAAUUGAUGAAUAUAGGAUAUAUAUAAAAUAAAGUUAUGUUUACAUAAGGGGAAGAAAUAUUAAAUGUUCAAUGUCUCUGCAAAAAUGAAAAUGGGAAACUUGUGUUUAUUUCUCAUUUUAAACCACAUUUUUUUACUUUAAAGCAAGAUUAUAGUGGCAGGCUUGAGAUGUGAACCUGCUAAUGUACAAUUCAUCAGUUCUUUAAAUAUGUGCUAGAACCAGGCUUUGCGAUAAAAUGAUUGUCCUUGGAUCCCAGGGGAGAAAGAAAUAUAGUUGUAUGAUGUGGACUAGUGUAUAAUGCUGUUAUUAUCAAAGGUACUUUGCUCCUAUAGUGAAAAAUUGAUACAUGCUAUAAAGCUGCUUCCUAUCUUGUAGCCAUAGUCUUGUAUGACUUCCUUGUACUUUUAGUUCUGUGUUAUCAUCCCUGUACCAGUAAUCUUUAAAAGGGAAAAGAGAUGAUUUUGGCAUAAAUGGAAAGUCAAGGAAGUGGCUAAAUAAUAAAAUUUGGUGAUAAACAACGUU